AAAAUGUCUCCUAAACAUGAGAAAAAACCGAAAAAAGAAACAUCAGUGUGUCAGACCUCCAAAUGUGAUAUGAACCAGGACGCAGAAUGCGCCGCGAGCUGCCCUGGCGGCGUCAGCGUAGCCUCAGGGAGAGCUGUUUCCCCUGGCGGAGGGAAGCCUACGGAUCGGCAACGCCGCAUCAUGGAGCGGGUGGAAAUGCUUGCGCGACCCAACUCGAGGCGGCUGCGGACUCUUUGGGAUGAGAAGUGCGACAUACUGCCGCCUGAUCGUCGGGACAAGAUCAAAAGCGCGCUUGAGGAGGACUAUUUCCUUAGUCCAGAGCAAACGGAGCAAUACUUCCAAGCCUUGAACCAGCAUACGGGCAAGUUCCACGUCCCGGGCGCCGGCGCCGUCAGCCGCAAGGAACAGACGGACAGGAGCAAGGAAUUGCGGCAGCGGCAGAAGUGGCUCGUUAAUUUUAGUGCACAGGUGGCAUAUCGUAUUUGCGAUUACAUCGCGAAGGGCCAGAAAGAGAUGCUCGUCUCCAACAGGCUGCGGAGCAUCGCUGAUGUGGUGUUGGAGAGAGUGGCGGACAUAUUGGGUGAGCCCAAACCCACCCGAACACACCCUGGCCGCCUGGCGCGCUUCAUGGUAGCGAUAUCCGACCGCAUCGCCGUCUGGAUCGAGAACGCCGUGUACCGCGCCGACGCUAUAGAGCCUCCCGAGGAACACCAGCACGAGCAUAUGCGACUGGAUCAGGAACGCCCGCUUAUAUGUUAA